AUGGCGGAAACCUCCGCGAAAUACUCUUGCGACAAGUGCCGCUUGCGCAAGGUGUCCUGUUCCCGCGAUACACCAAAGUGCAAGCGUUGCGUAGCUGAGCGCGUCUUGUGCAACUACUCACGUUCUGGAGUCAUUCGCCGGAAGAAGAAGACCAAACGUUCCCCGGACCAACACCCCGAGGAAUCGCGAAAGGUGAGCAUAGAUCAAGACGGGUCUGGAUGUAGCUUGCCGCCCUCUCUUCUGGCCAACGAUAUUGAAGCUACUCGCGAUCGCUUGCGAGAUCUUGGUGCUCAGCAAGAUUCUCUGGGAGCUCUCUCCGGACUAUCGGAAGCAUACACCGCGAUCUGGCAUACUGGGUUCGAAAUCACAAGCAACAGUGGCGAGUUCUUCCUGAUGGAGGAUUGUGCGUCUUCAUGGUGUCAGACCUUUGUGAGCACACUGGAAAGAGGCCGUCCACUCUUCACCGCCCCACCGCCAGACGUCUUGCAUUUCCUAGAAACAUCCCAGCCACAAUGUAUACAGAACCGAGCAUGGCUAGUAAUGUACUACAGCAUAAUCCUCAGCAUGGUAUCUUCGACAGACCCAUCCAACAAUACCAUCAAGACGAAACUGCGAGCCAACCUCUGGCUGGCAUUGAACGACAUCAGAUUACUUCUCGAACCCAGCGAAAAGAAUCUUCAAGCUUUGACAUUACUCGCCAGUCACGUGGAAGAAUUCACCACACCCUCGCUGUGCUGGAUGCUCAUCACCAAUGCCUGCCGAAUGCUGCAAGCUCUCGGAGUCAAUCAUCGUCGUUUGGAUUCCCAGACGCGGGAACGGCGAAUCAUGAUGUUCUGGCAUUUGAACAUGAUUGAUAAAGGUCUCGCRUUAAGUCUGGGGAGACCUCCAACUUUUCACAGAGCCAUGGCUAGAGAAGUGCCUCUGCCGACUUUGGAGCAACUUUUACCUUUUCAACCGCAUCGGAGUGCAUCUACUAGCAUCCCAUCGAUCUUUGGAGCGCAUCWGCUACAUCAGAUUUUCCAGUCCACGCGGGUUCAAGCUGAUAUCUGGCAUUGCUUAUAUGAAGAUACUGACCUCAGCGACUGUAGCGUUGCGCUGGUUUGUGAGGAUCUGGAUGCUUGGUAUUUACAAGCGAGCAAUAUCCUCGAAGCAGCGGCUUUGGUUGAGAGGCCUUUUCUGGAUAUCAAAGGCGCGGCUUCGGUGGAUUUAGGUAUUCGGACCGUGACUUUCUCCUAUCAUUAUUUGCGUGUUGUGUUGACGAAGUCGAGUAGUGAGAUGAAGAGGCAGUGCAUUGAAUCUUCGAGGAAAAUGCUUCAUCUUCUGGAUGACAUGGUAUCAGAUUCCGAGGAGCCUUUUAAUGGGAUUAUCUGGCAGUUGGUUUGUCGACCAUUUACACCGUUUUUGACAUUAUUCGGGGAGAUUCUGGCUGGCGAUGUUGGCGAGAUGAUGAUGCAUGAGAGGGAAUUAUCACUUGAAGCGAUGGAGAGACUUCCGGUGUUUCUGAAUAAAAUGGCACUGCGUAAUUCGUUGGCGGCGAAGUUGGAGCGAGUUGCUGUGACUUUUAUCCAGCAUGCAAGGUUUUUGGUUCGAUUUUGUGAGUCAUUUGAUGGGGCUGCGUUUCCUCCUUCAAUGCCAGCCCGUCUGUUGGACGGGAAUUGGCCAAGUGUGGGCAGCAUGCUACAUUGGGAUGCGCUCUUCGAUCAGGCUGCUGCUCCUGCUUCCAUCCAUGACGCUCACAAUACCGCGAUGAUUGACCUUGAAGAAUGGACGACCACUUUCUUCGAAGAUACCGUCUUUGAUUGGAUUGGAUUUGAAAGUCAAGCUUGA